AGUUUAAUUCAUUCCUACUUUAAAACCUCGUACAAGUACACGUAUCACGAUCCUUAGCAAUCUUUAAACUAUUUAAUCUUACGAUAAACGUCUUGAAGUCUACUUCUAGUGUGAAAUAUCACAGUGAAUAUUUUUAAAGCUGAAUUGUGCUUGUAGAAACUUAUUUUACGUAUUUUUAUUUUUGGUCUUUAAGUUAAGACCGCCGCCCGAAUAUUUUCUUUGAAUAAAAUUGAUUAUAAGCACUGAGAGCUGUAAGGGCGAAAGAAAAGUAAACUUCUAAUUAACAUGAUCAAUACGGACUGCCCAAAAUCAACCAUUCUGUCGAAUACAAUUUGUUUCGGGCAAGUGAAUAUUUUGAAGAACAAGCAGGCCACUUUGCGCCGCACACAUUAUUGUCAGAGAAAAUACAAAGUUAAGAAGUUUAGAACAGUGAAUAGAAGCCAUACAACAACAAUGAUGCCUACAGUCGGCACCGUUUGUUGGUUGGGAGCCUAGAGAGUUAAAAUUUCAGUAGGAGCUCAAGAAGAGUUCAAAGAAUUCUAUUCAAAAUGGUUGCUCAAAAGAUCACCUGUCCGAGUCGGAGCGACGAUAUCGGAACUCAGUACGAUCCGAACACCAAAAGACAUGGUUUUUUCGCAAACGAGUCUCAAUACUCAAACUGUUUUGAAAGUGGUAGAGCUAGAUCGUUUAAAGAACGAGAAGAAGAACUGCGUAAACGGUCUAAACGGAGUGAUUACCGACGGAUAUUCAAACACCGCAGCUCCGUCUUCGCCAGUGGCUACAACCAGCAGCUUUGCAGAGGUUUACUUGAAAUCGGAGCCCCUAUUCGAGAGCGCAAUGUUUCACGAAACGGACUACGAGUUCUUCCAAGAUCUGGUUCCGUUGUCCUGCGUUCCCGCAAAGGAAGAAGUAGUACAGACCAUUGAUUCAUCUAAGAAUACUGAAGAAAGGGCACUUAAGAUCGACACACCAUACACACAAUUCUCACCGCAAGGUUGGGAAAAUUUAGACGUUAACUCCCAGUUUCCACAGGCAGGCUUAUACAAUAACAUCUCCCCGCAUGAACCACUGUCGCCGAACGAAAAGUUCCCGCAGUAUGACGCCAACAUGCCUACCUUCCCAGAAUGGGAUAAAGAUACCAACAACGUGCAGUUUAAGGAAACAUUCUUAGACAUUAGCAGACUGCCAGUGGUUAUUGGAGACUUACCGUCUGAGACGGUCGCUGAUACUAAUCCGUGGCAAGUCCGGGAUCCAGUAGAGUUGACCAACACACAUGACACCCAAUAUUAUCAUAUGUACACCAAUCCACCUCACAACACAGCGCCCUUCAUCGAUGCAGAAGAUUCCCUUGAUCUUAAAUUUGGAUCCGUCAUCCCACGGGAGGUGGAAAGCAACAACGUAAUUGUUUCCGAGUUCAUCAUCAACGAAGACCAAGACCUAAUGGGGGCAAUGCAAGAACCGGCGAUGCCGAGGCGUGUCGAGGGGCUGUCCGUGGACGUGUCGGCGCGGGCGCCCGCCUGGCCAUUCGACACCAUCAGCACUCCUGAAGUGCUCAGCUAUGUGGAGCAACUAGAAAAAGAAAAAUGCACACAGCCCUUGAAACCUCAAGAGCACUGGACGGCCCACAACGCUUCUCUAUCCGCCUCGAGGGAGUCCUACACGGACCUCUCUCUGUCUACAUCAAAGGAAACAUUCACAGAAUUGGACACACCGCCGCCCCCACAAGUCGACUAUGAGCCCAUCACACCAAAAAGCGAAUCUCACAUGGAAUCAGACAAUGAUGACGUCAAAUCUACCGCAAGUAAGAGAAGACAUCAAGACAGCGAUGAAUCCGAUGAGACUUACACACCGUAUACUGAACAGCCAUCCAGGAAAUAUAAAAGAAGGAAACCAAGUGUUCCAAUCAAGGACAUGAUUCUAGCACUAGAAGGUCAACCCAAGGCGCGAAGAGGACGCCCCCCUAAAAGACGGGAGAGCACUGUGUCCUCGGUGUGUAGUGUAGACGAGAACUCUUCGUCUAUCUCUACACAAGAGUUUAAGUAUAGAGAAUUAAGAGAUAAGAAUAAUGAAGCCUCUAAACGGUCUCGAAUGAACAGGAAACUCAAGGAGCUACAGAUGGAACAGUUAGCUGAUGAACUAGAAGAGAAAAAUAAGAAGUUGAGAGUUCGAGCUGACAUUCUAGAAGAAAUGACAAAGAGGCUGAAGAACGAAUUGAUGUCUGCUAUUCUGAAGAGUAAAUGAAGAGCAGACAUUUUGAAUUUUUCGGUGUCCUCAGUCUUGACUUGAGCAACUUGAGUUUCUUGUCUCAUUGUUCGUUAAAUCUAUAUUCAUAGAUGUGCUUAAGUACAAAAUAAUUGUUUUUGACUAAAUGCACAGAUUUUUUUUUUUCUAUGAUUAUGGAUAUAAAGAUCUUGCCGUGCAUGCUAGAUGUUUCUUUACACAUUAAAUAAGAGCGUGUAGGUUAAAAUUCUUCAGUUGAAUUAGUUGUAAUCUAUGGUCUAUGAAACAUAAUAUGAAUGUUAAAAAAAAACAAAAAAAACUUUUAUACUUAAAAAUAAUACCUAAUUGUAUAAUUGAUUUACAAUGGAUUAGUUAAAAUCAUGGUUUAAAGUUUUAUUUUCUUUUUUCAUUAAAAAUUGUCUUGUAUGUUAUAAAUUGUAAUUGAAAUAAAUUGUUGUAAUAUGA